GCCUUUUGUUUAUUCCGUUUGUAGAUGUCAGUAGCGAACUGGGAUCGGAGUGACAUAAACAUCUCGCUCGGACCAUUUUCUGGAAUCUACAACGGAAUAGUGCAAAAAUGUUCCGGAACACCGUCCGAAGCGGAUCCCACCUGAGGGCUCUGCUUUUCGGAACGACCAAAGUUACAUCGCAUGCUUCUAUCGGUACACUCUCGAGAACAACCACGGCUCCCAGAAGGAUUCUAACCGAUACGCAUCCAGCAGCACUAAGUCAUGUAAGGACCAUGUUCAUCCAAACGCAAGACACCCCCAACCCGGACAGUUUGAAGUUCCUGCCUGGCGUGGCGGUCCUCGAGAAAGGUCAAACCAUGGAUUUCCCCACACAGGCGGCGGCGCUGUGCAGUCCACUGGCAAAGUUACUUUUCCGCAUCGAGGGCGUCCGGUCGGUGUUCUUCGGGGCGGAUUUUGUUACAAUCUCCAAGCAGGAGGAAGCCGAAUGGCGUUUGAUUAAGCCGGAAGUGUUUGCCGUGAUUAUGGACUUCUUCGCGUCUGGAUUGCCGGUGGUGACGGAUGUCAAGCCGAUGGGGGACACCCCGAUCAACGAGGACGAUGACGAAACGGUCCAGAUGAUCAAGGAACUGCUGGACUCGAAGAUCCGACCGACGGUGCAGGAGGACGGAGGAGACAUCAUCUUUAUGGCCUUUGAGGACGGAGUGGUGAAGCUGAAGAUGCAGGGCAGCUGCUCGUCCUGUCCGAGCUCGAUCGUGACGCUGAAGAAUGGGGUGCAGAAUAUGCUGCAGUUCUACAUCCCGGAAGUGGUCGCCGUGGAGCAGGUCUUCGACAAGGUGGACGAAGUGACGGAGACGGAGUUUACGAAGCUCGAAAAACAAAUCAAGCAGAAAGAGGACAAGUAGGCUUUGCUUGGCGGGGAUGCGAGGGUUGUAUGUACUAGAGGGAGGAUGCUAUGAUUAAGUAGACUUUGUUGAAUAUCAUAUUAGUGAAUAAUAAAAAUAGGCUGAUGCCGGCUUUCGGAUCAAUGAUUA